UGAAGUAUUAGAAGAUUUUGUUCUUCAUGGACCAAUGAUGGAGACUGAAAUCGAAGAUGAGGAUGAAUUUAUUGAAGAAACUGUGUUUGAAUUAAAGCCACCAACAGAAGAAGAAUUCAGAAAUGAAAUUGCUCAAUUUGACCAGUUGUAUAGAAAACUGGAUGACAUACCACCAUUGAUUGAAAUAGAAUCUUGGCUCUUAUUGGAUGCAAUUUCAUUUAAAGAAAGUUUAUUAAAUUUAAUUCGAGUAUGGACAUCUACUUACAAGAAGAAAUUAACCGAGCUCAAAAGUCUAGGAAAGCUACGAAAGAUUGAAGAUGAAGGUGACUUAUGAAGUUCAAGCUUGGUAAGAAUAAAGAAUAUGGUUUAUUUCCUGUUUUCAAGUUAUUUAUUGAAUACAUGCCAAAAUUCUCC